UCCUCCCCCCCGGGCCCCGCCUCUCCAGUCCGCUCCUCUGGCGUCCCGGUAGCCGCUGCCGCCAAGCACCGAGCAGCCUGGCCGCCGCUGCGGCCACGCCACCAAACUUUCCCCGGAGCGGCGCCGGGAGGGCGCCAUAGCUGGAGGCUGCUGUUGUGCCCAUGACCUUUCCCAAUUCCUCCAACUUCUCAGAAGACAAGAUGUGUGAAGGGAACAAGACCACCAUGGCCAGCCCCCAACUGAUGCCCCUGGUGUUGGUCCUGAGCACCAUCUCCUUGGUGACCGUGGGGCUCAACCUGCUGGUCCUGUAUGCUGUGCGGAGUGAGCGGAAGCUGCAUACCGUGGGGAACCUGUACAUCGUCAGCCUCUCGGUGGCGGACCUGAUUGUGGGAGCUGUCGUCAUGCCCAUGAAUAUCCUCUACCUCCUCAUGUCCAAGUGGUCCCUGGGCUGGCCUCUCUGCCUCUUUUGGCUUUCCAUGGACUACGUGGCCAGCACAGCAUCCAUUUUCAGUGUCUUCAUCUUAUGCAUUGAUCGCUACCGCUCUGUCCAGCAGCCCCUCAGAUACUUGAAGUAUCGCACCAAGACCCGAGCGUCAGCCACCAUCUUGGGGGCCUGGUUUCUCUCCUUCCUGUGGGUUAUUCCCAUUCUGGGCUGGAAGCACUUUGUGCCUCGCACCUCAGGGCACCGGGAGGACAAGUGUGAGACGGACUUCUACGAUGUCACCUGGUUCAAGAUCAUGACCGCCGUCAUCAACUUCUACCUGCCCACCUCGCUCAUGCUCUGGUUCUAUGCCAAGAUCUACAAGGCUGUGCAGCAGCAUUGUCAGCACCGGGAGCUCAUCAACGGGUCCCUCCCUGCUUUCUCCAGAAUGAAGCUGAAGCCGGAGCACCCCAAGGUGGGGGCCAAGAAAACAGGGAAGGGGUCUCCAUGGGAGGUUCUCAAAAGGAAGCCGAAAGAUGCUGGUGGUGGACCUGUCUUGCAACAACCACCCCAAGACCCAAGGGAGAUGAAACCCCCAAGUGUCUGCAACCAAGAGGAGGAUGAAGAAGUGGACACACUCCACUGCGUCCCACUGAACACUGUGCAAACACAGACGGAGGCAGAGGGGAGUGGCAGAGACUACAUCACCAUCAACCAGAGCCAGAGCCAGCUUGAGACCGAGGAGCAGGACCUGGAGAUGCACGGGACCAGCGAGGUGUCAGACGAUCAGAUCCUAGGGGACAGCCAGUCCUUCUCCCCGCCAGACUCAGACAUCCCCACGGAGCCGGUACCAGGGAAAGGCAAGCCAAGAAGUGGGUCUAGCACAGGCCUGGCUUACAUCAAGUUCACUUGGAAGAGGCUUCGCUCACAUUCAAGACAGUACGUGUCUGGGUUGCACAUGAACCGAGAACGGAAGGCCGCCAAACAAUUGGGUUUUAUCAUGGCAGCCUUCAUCCUGUGCUGGAUUCCGUACUUCAUCUUCUUCCUGGUCGUUGCUUUCUGCGAGAGCUGUUGCAACGAGCAUGUGCACAUGUUCACCAUCUGGCUGGGCUACUUCAACUCCACAAUGAACCCCCUCAUCUACCCUUUGUGCAAUGAGAACUUCAAGAAGACAUUCAAGAAAAUCCUGCACAUUCACUCCUAAGGGAGGCUACAAGGGGACGCCACAAAGGGACGCUUAGGAUGUCACUGAAGGAAAUGGAAGGUGAAGGCCAGUGAGUUGCCAGGUACCUGGGCUUUCUGGGUCAGAAGACUAGCCUUAGAGGCUAGGGUCAUUUGGAAAGUCCUGAGGCACUUUUGGAAGAACAGCAGAUGGCGAUUUCUGCAGAGAUUGUACUCUGAGUCAAAAGCAGGCUAUUUCCAAGAGAAUGGUAUCCGGAUGAGCACUCCUGCUCCUCAGGAAAUGUGGGAGCCUCAGACUUUCAUUUAAUUGGAGCUUCCAGACUGAAUUAAUGGGCAGUUGAAGGGACACAUGGGUAGAGUUCCACUGGAGAAUUAGAACUCUUGAGCCUUCCUGGAAUGGAGCUAUAUGACUGUGCAGAGAUCUGACACAUGCAGGCAGGUGCCAUCUCCUUCCAGAGGUCACUGUGAGAGGCAUAACAGCUAUUGCACUGACUGCCGCUUCUCAGAACACCUCUACUGAGCCUCUUUUACAGCUUUCUCUAGAACCAAUAUCUGAACCAUCCUGGAAAUUCUGCUUUAUUAUUUCCCACUCACGCAUGUCUCGGAGUUGACAGGAAAUUAUGCAGCUUGCCCACCCAUCGUUUUUAACCCCAAAUUCCCUUUAGCUAUUAAUAAAUGAUGAGAAAAGCUGCCCUCCAAAGAAAGAGAAAAGGAAUUUUUUUUAAUGGUUGUACAUUAAAAAGGAAAUGAGGAGAAGAAAGCCAUGUUUCUUGAGGGCUGUGCCAGGAUUAUCUCAUCUAAGCCCCACGACACCCCACAAGAGGGGGAUGGUGUUACUAGAGAAGCAAAUUAGGUGCAGCAAGAUGAAAUAAGGUGCCUAAGAUCACAUAGCUAUUUAUAUGAGAGAGCGAGAACGAAAACCCUGUGGGGUUCCAGCUCAUUUUCUCAUUUUCUCUCAAAGGCAAAAAUGUGUCCUGUUAAGUACACACACUCACACACACACACACACACACACACACACACACACACACACACAGAAUUCCUGAGAGGUAGCAAUUCUCAAAAGAAUAUGUUGAGAGGAGGAGCAGCUGACAUAGACUCUGUCUGCAGCCACAGAAGGUGACACUUUGAAGGGACAGUAUGCUAUUUAUCUGUGAGUUCUGCUGUUUGUCUAAAAGUGGUCAUGCCCUUUUAUAGUCAUACCUCUUAAGUAAAAACUAGCAAAGGCAUGAGAACGUACAGUGUUACUUGGUGUUUAUGUUGCCAUCUGACUGUGAUUUGUACUUUAAAACUUGAUGCUAAACUGUAAUAUAUGUAGCAAAUAGAGUGCCUGUACAAGUUGGUAUUUUGUGUCUUGUGCUCUGUUUGCAUGACCUGUUAAAAUGAGAGAUUUUUUCACCUACCUAAAAUAUGAUAUUUGAAACUAUACUGUUACGAGUUUGAUUUAUUUAAUUCUCUGUUCUGAGUCUUUUAUAUUGAAAUGUACUGUCAAAUCUUACAAGAUAUGAUAUAGGGUCUCUCUUUGGUUUCUGGUCACAUUUGUAAAUAUCUUUAGAAAAGGACUUACUUUUUAUAACUAGCUUCACUCUCACUCUGCUUUGCAUCCCCCAAAGCUCUUCUUGCUCAAAACUGUGGGAGCUAAGCAGACUUUUGUGCUGGUUUGAGAAGCUGCAGCUGAUCUGUCUCCAGGUCAGAAACCAUUUUCCAGAAAGCCUGUGCAAGCUUUGCUCCCUGCAAUCCCUCAGGAUCAAGGAACUCCUAAAAAGACUACUCUAACACACAAACGGCUAAGUGCCCAUUAUUUAUGUUGAUGAACAAUUGAGGCAACUAGCGAAGAAAAGUAGUUAUGAUCUGUGACAUUGGGUCAAAGAGACCUGGAUUUGAGUCAGACAAGAACAAGAAACGAUCAGUAUAAAUUGUUAAAGCAUAAAGAACAAAGUCCAUGUAUUAUUGCAUUACAGUGUUCACAGUGCUUGCAGCAUGUCUGGUACACAGUGGGACUCAUGUGCAGUUUUCAAACAUACUGAGCAUAUACCAUGUGCCAGGCUUUGUGCUUUACCGCCAUCAUCUCAUAUAACCUUUGCAGCAAUCUCAUGAGGGAGAUUUCUGUGUUUUCACAAUUAGGCAAGCUGAUGCACGGAAAGGUUAAAGACCAGCUCUAAGAUCUGAUUCUGGAAUGUACUUCCUUUCCACACUUUCAACCUUCUCUUCCUACUCCGGUCUGAAUGACUGCAUUAAUUUUUGAAUUUAUGAAAGGCAGUGGAAUAUGGUGCAGAGAUAACUCAGCCCCAGUCCAUUCGGCAAACAAUCAGUGGCUGAUGGCUUGCGCAAAAUCCAGCCGAAACCAGUCUUUCUGCUCUAAAUAUUAAAAUAAAUACCUUUUAGGAGAAGGCCGUCAUAGAGACCUUGAUUGUAGAUAAGAACUUGCAGACUCGGAAGCUCCUUUGGGUUUCUUUUUACAGGCUUAAAGCUGAUCAGCUUAAACCCAAUUCCUCAAAUGACCAAUUUGCCACAUUUACAAAACGUUGGCUUCUUUUUAACUAUUUACAAGGUUUACAACAGUGCAUAUUGCAUGAGGCUUUUAAGAACACUUUUCUACAAUUGUUGUGAAGUUAUAGUAACCGAUUCUCAUUUUUCUAUAUAGUCACAUAUUGAGGAAGGUUCAGUAUGCUUUGUCCCCAGCUUGCUGCUACUGCAGGGAGAGACUGAGUUGCCGAGAGGGAAGAAAUAAAGGGAAGGAGACUGAAGGUGAGAGAAAGGAAAAAUAAGGGGUAAAAAUAAGAGGAAACUAGGGGAGGCAGGGAAGACAGAGAGUCAGAGAGAACAGACCAAGGGGAAGAGAUGGCGGACACCAAGGGACAGAAGAGGGAUAGAUGGAUGUGCACAGGGACAGAGAUGGGGACAGAUUGAGGAGCAGAUGGAAGAGAUUAAGAGGCAGAGAGAUUGUUUAGGGAAAGACAAAGGGAGAAACUGAAGAAUGGGGAGGGAGACAGAAAAGGAAAAGUAGAGUGGUAUAAUAGUAACACUCAAGAAAAAUCUAUAUUCAAGAACAUAUUCUUCAUUAAUUUAUUCAUAAGUCAAAUUUAUUCAAAUGAAGAAUAAACCAUCCUUAGCUUUUGAUAACUAGAACACUCCUUCACAUACUUCUCUGACGACAACAUGAAAACCAGUCAAGUACUACAUCACGUGAAUCUUUAAAAGCUGGUGAAGCCAUUCCAUCCAAUAGAAAUUGCUGUAAACCUUAGAAGGUGAUAAUGUUAGCAACGUGUUCAUUCAGAAAAUCCAUGAAUCUACAGAUUGUCUGAUAUAUUGGUCAUUUGGCUACUUGGUUUGCAGAAAAUUGCUAGUCUCUCUUUUGAAGAUGGGCCUUCCAGAAGACAGAUUUAAUAGCCUUAACACAGGGCAAAAAGAUUCUGGAGAUCUCCUAGC